AUGCCGCAUAUCCCGGGUUUCUCUGACAACCUUUUCGACUCGCGAUCUGGACUCGUCCACGCGGCUGUGACACUGCUGAAGCCGCUACAUGCCUACAGAUCUCCUCGCAAUGCACGGAUCAAGCUCGCAACAGGAACUGGUGCCGGCUUCUCAGAAACCGCUGCACAACUGGAAGGUUUUGCUCGUCCGCUAUGGGUCGUUGCAGAUCUACUCCGUCUGGAGUUAGAGCCUUUACACGAGGACGGUCAACUGAGCACCUGGCUAGAAGGACUGAAAGCUGGCGUGGACCCCGGGAGCGAAGAAUACUGGGGUGAUUUGUCCGAUUUUGACCAGAGAAUGGUGGAGAUGGAAAGUAUUGCGUAUGCCAUAUUGACAGCUCCAGAAAUGUUUGGAUUCCCAGACGACGAAAAGGCAAGAGCGAAUUUGGUCGCUUGGUUGAGACAAAUCAAUGAGCACAAGAUGCCUCAAACGAAUUGGCUUUGGUUCCGUGUUUUGGUCAACCUCGCGCUUGUUCGUGUGCUGAAGGUCCCCGUCGACGAAGUGAAGCCGCACAUCGAUCGGAGUCUGGAAGUCCUAGACACAUUUUAUCUAGGCGAAGGGUGGAACUCCGAUGGCCUAUGGUGUGACGAGCACAAGCAAGCGGACUACUACUCUGGCAGCUUUGCCAUACAGUUCGCCCAACUCCUAUUCGUACGUUUUGCUUCAGAUUAUCAUCCUGGAAGAAUAAAGAGGUACAAACAGCAGGCGGCUGAAUUUGCAAGCACAUUUUGGAGAUACUUCAGCAAGAACGGAGCUGCGAUUCCCUUUGGCCGGAGCUUGACUUAUCGCUUUGCAUUCGCCGCAUUCUGGUCUGCCGCAUCAAUAGCUGGAGUCGAACUUCCCGGGCCAGUCAAAGAGCCUGGAGUAGUGAAAGGCCUUAUUACGAGACACUUGCGCUGGUGGGCGAAGCACGAAGCUAUUUUCAACACAGAUGCAACGCUCAAUACCGGAUAUGCUUACCCGAACAUGUUUCUCGCCGAGAACUAUACGUCGCCGCAGAGCGUCUACUGGUGUCUGAAGACUUUCGUCGUCUUGGCCCUGCCAGAGCACGAUGAAUUCUGGCAGUGUAAAGAGCUGGCUUAUCCGGAGAUUUGUCCAGAGGGCGAUCUAGAGCGACUAAGAUUGCUGAAACCUCCAAUGCACAUCAUGUGUAACACAGCGGAGCAUCACUUCCUCCUGUCCUCUGGUCAAUCAACAAAGAAACGCUUCAGAGCACGAGAAGCCAAAUACAGCAAGUUUGCAUACUCAUCUGCAUUCGGCUUCAGCGUACCGUGCGGCCUUUAUUUGGAACAAAUGGCGCCAGAUUCCACUUUGUCUGUGCGUCGCUCGCGGCGAGGUGAUGAUGAAUGGAAAGUGCGCUUUAAUCCAUACGAUGUUGUAUAUCAGGACAUUCAGAUCGGAGAAGAGACGAUACCGACAAUUUUGAGUUCGUGGAAGCCGUGGAAGGAGCACGAGGCGUCCAUUCGCACAACGCUUAUCCCUCCAAUGGCUAAGUGGCCAGGAUGGCACGUGAGAGUCCAUCGUAUCUACUCUCCUGAUGAAGAGGUUGAAUUUUUCGAUGCCGGCUUCGCCAUAUCUGCUCAAACUCGAGACGAUCGAUCGAUAUUUGAGCGCCCCAUUGCAAUGCUGUCCUCGGAUGGCGAAGCUGUCAGGAGGACUGAAGAAGGAUGGUGGACCGACGAUAGUGGAUGCACUCUUGUAAUAUCUGAGGCUGGAGCGAGUGGAGUAUUCUCAAUGCGUAAUGGUGGCCUCAACGGUAAGGCGAUGGUCAUUCGAGCUGAUCCAAAUACGAACCUCAUGGCACAAAGAACUCUCUUGCCAGCUGUGACAGGCGUGUUCAAACCCUCGACAGUGGCAAAGUACUCACUCGCAGUAACCGCCAUCUUUGCAGUCGCGUCGCCAAUCGACAAUAUUGAUGUCUGGGCAUUGUGGCGGAAUGCACCAAACUUUGACGAUAUUUUAUCGGCUGUGGGAUAG